UACCGUCCGAGACAUGAACCCUAGAACCCACGAACCUGAGAUUUUCAUUUUCUCGCAGUUCUUUUCUUCGGCCGGGGAAUUUCUACAGUGAUCGCUCAUCGCUGUCAUAGAUGUCGGCUCAAUCUAGUCCGUUCUUAUCCGAUGAUGACUCCGAUCAUCGUUCUGAAACGGAAUCAGAAUCAGAAUCGGAAUCCCAAUCUCUCGACAUGAUCAGCCAUCUCCCCGACGGCGUAAUCCAACAAAUACUCUCGUACCUCACGACGAAGGACGCCGUCGCCACGAGUGUCUUGUCGUGGCGGUGGAGAUAUAUCUGGGAGCUCGUCCCGAAUCUCAAAUUCGACAAUUCCAAGGCAUAUACAUACGACGAGCGAUUCUCGGAUUUGGUGAACAAUGCCCUUAUGUAUCACGGCGCGGAUAUUCUGGAGAAAUUCCACCUGAAAUGUAGCCCCUACGAUGAUUUCGAGGAGUUGGAAUCGUGGGUUGACUGUGCCGUCGAACGUUGCCCGAGAGAAGUGAAGCUGUCUAUGUGUUCUUUCCCAGGUCGUCAUUUCGCCGUGCCAGCAAGUGUCUUGAACUGCGAGACGAUUACGGUGCUGAAACUCAAGGGUGAAGGAAUCUUCGUCGAUGUUCGAGAUACAUAUGUUCAGCUUCCCUGUUUGAAGGUCUUGAAUCUGUUUUUUGUUCAUUACAUAGAUGAUAGUUCUCUUACUGGUCUGUUGUCGGGUUGCCGUGCGUUGGAAGAAAUCCAUUUUAGGCGAUCGUUUUAUCAUGACAAUAUCAAGACCUUGUGCAUCAAUGUUCCUACUUUGAGGCGUUUGGUUUUGGUUUGCCCCAAGACUUUUGUCACGUCUCAGAAACUCAAGCUUGAGAUAAAGGCACCGGCUUUGGAGUAUCUUGAGCUUAGGGCUGUCCAAUGUCAAGACUUACUAGUGGAGGAAUUUCCCCAGUUAGUGAAGGCAACUCUCGAUUUCUGUGAACCUCUCACCGGAAAACUUCUUGGUUCACUUCGAAAUGUCAAGCAACUUUGUCUGGAUAAUCUUCCGAAAUCUCUGCCUCAGGAGGGCCUUAAUUUGAUCCCUGAGUAUCAUCAGCUGGAAGGUUUGGAGUUCACGCUUGUGGAUUCUGUGUGGGGUGUGCUGAUGGAUCUGCUCGAAAAUUCUCCCAAGCUGAAAGCUCUCGUCAUACGAAAGGAUGAAAGGAUUCCGCCUUUGUCACAUUGUUCGUUUCCGAAGUCUCUCCCUAAUUGCUUUCUGUAUCAGCUUGAAACAUUAUGUGUGCAUGGAUUCACUUGUUCCGAAGGAGAGAUGAGUUUCGUGAGAGAUAUCCUAGAGAAAGGUGAAGCCUUGAAGCGAGUUUACAUCCACACCUUCUCUUCUCUAAUGGAUUAUGAAGCCAAGCAAUGCCUUAUCGAGCAACUUUCAGCAUUACCCAAGAGCUCAGCCAGUUGCGAGAUCGAUAUAGUCUAAGAAACAACUUCCUGGGGCCUCCAAAUGUUGUUGUCUUGGCUGUUAUUUUUCUCUUUUCUACUUAACCUCAUUGCAAUAAAGCGUAAAGAUCAGGCUUGCUUAGUUGAAUUGAACGUUGUAUGUGCAUCUAAGUGUUAGUUCUGCACUAGCCAUAGUUUCUUGGAUAGAACAGAUGUGUAGCCAUGUUGUUGUAUAUGGAAAGAUGCACAGUUCAUGUCACUGGUGAUAUACUUCCCUCUCCUUUUGUCAAUGAUCUUGUCAGUACUAAUGGAGUUUUUGGUCUACCA